CGUCUAGGGCCAUCGUUAUCGAUGGUCUUCCAUCUCUUGGAGCCGCUUUUAUUGAGGAUUUUAAUAUUUUAGGCUUAGACUUCCCUUUAGAUGGCUGCCAACAUAGCUGCCGCGGCUGCCGCCGCCCAGGAAGUGGACCCUGUGCUGAAGAAGGCCAUCAAGCUGCUGCACUCGAGCAAUCCCACGUCCGCCGCCGAGCUGCGCCUGCUCUUCGACGAGGCUCUGAAGACGCGCUUCGGCCCGGAGAAGAGCCUGACCAACAACAUGACCCAGCGCAUGGUUGAGGACGAAGCCAACUUCCCGGGCCGGGCGGCCACGCCUCCGCAGCCCAUCAAUGUGGACGAGAUCAUUAACCUGACCAAUUCGCCGGACAAGGAGCCCUCCGAUUCGGUCGACACCAUUGCCGACUCGGAUGACGGCCUGAGUGCCGUGGGCAUUGUGAAUACGGGUGACACUGGCGACUUUGGCGACCUCAACUGUUGCGUGUGCGGCGAGAUGGUAUUCACGGCCACCAAUCGGCUGAUAGAGUGUUCCAAGUGCGGCGCCAUGUACCACCAGGAGUGCCACAAGCCGCCCAUUACGAAGGAGGAGGCAGCCGACGACCAGGAGCAGAACUGGCAGUGCGACACGUGCUGCAACAAGCCCACGAGCAGCAGUCGAGCAGCCUCCUCCGCCGCGACGACAGUGACGCCCACCGUUUUCAUAGCCGACGAGCCCAUGCCGCUGAGUAGCAGCAAGGCCAAGUCCUCGGUGGCCUCCUCGCGCUCGUCCAACUCAUCCAACUCGUCGUCGCCCUUCUAUAGGCCCGAGCCCAGCAGCUCCACAAAUGCCAGUAGCAGUAGCAGCAGCAAACACGGUCACAAGUCCUCAUCUUCGUCCUCGUCCAAGUCGCACAAGGAGGAGCGAUCGAGCAAGUCCUCGGGGGCACCAUCACUGAGUGCCAUUGGGGGGCUGGAGAAGCACAGCAGCAGCAGUGGCACAUCCUCGUCACGGCGCAGCGGCUCUAGCGCCAAGUCCAGCUCGAAGGGCAGCUCCUCCAAGCACCACGAAAGCGGAAGCAGCAGCAGCAAGCGCAGGUCGAAGCAGUGAACGUUAAUUGUUAAGAACUUGAAAUUUAGUUAACUUUAAUUAAAAAUACCAAUUAAAUGAAAGAAAAGUGUAAUAUUUCACAAA